AUGAAACGGUUAUCAAGUGAAAAUGGACAGCAAGCUUCAAAAAGGAAAAAAUAUUUUGAGGAGCCAGGUGAUUUGGGAAUUAUUGAAUCUGUUUCACUGAGGAAUUUCAUGUGCCAUGAAAAUUUAAAGUUUGAUUUUGAUCCACACAUGAAUUUUAUUGUUGGAUUGAAUGGAAGCGGUAAAAGUGCUAUUCUGACUGGUAUAAUUUUAGCUUUGGGUGGAAAGAGCAGCUCUACUGGAAGGUAUGCAAACAUAAAAGGCUUUAUCAAGACUGGAAAGCAGUCGGCCACAGCAUCUGUAGUUUUGAAAAAUUCUGGCAUUUCUUCUUACAAACCAGAAGAAUUUGGAAAUAAAAUUACUGUUGAACGUACACUAAAUGCUGAUGGUGUAUCUCAAUACAAAUUGAAAUCAGAAACUGGUCGAAUUGUUUCAACUUCCAAAGAAGAGCUGAAAAAUAUUUUGGACACAAUGGAUAUUAAAAUUGAAAACCCUGUAACAGUACUAACUCAAGAAAUAAGCAGAAAUUUCCUUCUUCAAAUGAAACCUGAUAAAUUAUUUGCUGUGAGCAUUGUCUAA